UCACUCUUCCUGCAGUAUGUGACCAAGACGGUUGAAGUGGAGUCGGCUCAGUGUAAGCAGGCUUUAAUGGAGGCUCAGGCCUGUAACCAGGCGCUGCAGGAGCAGCUGAGUGUUCAGAGGCAGCUCCUCCGAGAGCUGGAACAGCAGCUCCACGAGUCCCAGAGAAGCAGCAGUCAGCUCCGCCAGCAGGUACCACACUCACUUCCUGUGUGCGCUGUUUCGAGUGUCCUGAAUUAUCAUGUGGCCAAAUCAACAGGUGUGCGGAUGAACCUCCUGACGCUUCAGCCGGCUCUGAGAACCCUCACCUGUGAUUACAACUGUCUGAAGAGACAGGUGCAGGACUUCCCUUACAUGCUGGAGAAAGCCAUCACCGAGGCGAAGCAGGAGAUCUGUCAGGUGAUUGGAGAGGUGAGCAGUGCAAACCAAGAACUGCUGCGCAAAUACAAGCGGGAGAUGAACCUGAGGAAGAAAUGCCACAAUGAACUGGUGCGCCUCAAAGGAAACAUUCGUGUGUUGUGCCGAGUACGUCCCAUAUGUGCUGGAGACACAGAUGCUGCUGACACCAAAAACAUAGUGACCUUUGACCCUGAUGAUGAUGCUGUUCUCUACUUGUCCAAUAAGGGCAAGCUUAUGACCUUUGAACUUGACAAAGUCUUUCCCACUCAGGCCACUCAGGAGGAGGUGUUCCAGGAAGUGCAGUCUCUGGUCACUUCCUGUAUUGAUGGCUUUAACGUAUGCAUCUUUGCCUAUGGGCAGACCGGCUCUGGAAAGACCUAUACUAUGGAGAACUCCCGCCUCACGUACCUGCUGCAGGACUCGCUCAGCGGAGACAGCAAGACCCUCAUGAUGGUGCAGGUGUCUCCUCUAGAGAGUAACGCCAGUGAGUCGGUUUGCUCUCUGAAGUUCGCUCAGCGUGUUCGGACUGUUGAGAUCGGGCCUUCGUCUUCCUCACGCCGCCAAGCAGAGAACUCCUCUACAUCCUCCUCUCCAACUCAUGACAGCGUGGAGGUACAGCGACACAGA